AUGUCCUCAUCGCCGGAUAUAGACCCGUAUCUGGCCUUAGGGGUCGCCAAAGAUGCCACCAUCGCAGAGAUCCGGGCCGCCCAUCGCAAACGAGUGCUCAAAUGCCACCCCGACAAGAUCCAAGAUAUAUCGCAACGCAAUGCCGCCCAGGACGAAUUCCAACGGGUCCAGCAAGCCUACGAACUGCUUUCAGAUGAGACUCGACGAACCCGCUACGACAGAAAGGUCGAGUUGAUCGCACUCAAGCGUGAGUUGGAACGCAAGCGAUCCGAGGCCAUGUAUUCGCAACGCGGGAGUGGAAGCUCCCGGGAAAUGCGAGGCGGUCACAUCGUGGAAGAGCGAGUGCCUGUGGAUGUCUUCUUAGACGAGGAGUUGCAAUACACAGAAGAACCGCGGACAAUGUCGCGCAAGGACAAUAAUGAGUUUAGAAGGCCAAAGGCAAAGCCAGCCGAAGACAAGAAGAAAACUCGUGCACCCCCGACCACCUACCGUGCAGCCAAGGAUGAUCGCGAAACCGCCAAAGCGACGCAGGCGGAUAAGGCCAAGCAACGGGAUCGAGAUCGCAAGCGCCAGGCCUCGGCCAAGCGCGAGGAUGUUUACGAGACUUACGGCCCGACUGUGGUAUCUGAUAUGUCAGAUUCAAGCGACUCGGACACCUAUGUGCCCCCAAGGAGGCCAGCCGCCGCCCGCAGAACAACUCGUGACUCCUAUGAGACCCGUGAAUUCCGGGAGUCUCGCGAGCCGCGGUCCCGCCCCGCAGAAUCUUCCUCGCGGAGGCGCGAGCGCAUCUAUGAAGACGAAGACGACUACUCUGAUCGCUUUUCCUCCCCUAACAAGCACGAAGGCUGGCAAACACAGGCGGAGCAGCACAUUCAGCGUUCCAGGAACGAAGUCCCGCGAGCCUCUCGGUCUCCACAACGACCCCGUGGUUACGACUCGACGGAACCAGACUCCAAUGCUACAAGGCGCUCGGGACGGUCCUCCCGCUCAACCCGGGAUCAGUCUUCUUCACGCCACAAUUCCCACGAGCACCUUGAGUCAUCGCGGAGCUAUGACUUCAAACUACCCAAGAUCCCCACCACCGCCACCUCGCCUGCCCAUAAGGCAUCCAUGCGGCCGUCAUUGUAUACCCGCGCCGCCACUGCUAGUGCCACGGGCUUUACUCGCAAGCGCGAAGGGUCCAGCCGCGAGGAACCAAUUCUGGAGAAAAUGGCACGGGAGCCGGUUCGUGAGCCUCGUGAGCCUCGUGAGCCUCGUGAGCCCCGUGAAUCUCGUGAACGUGAUCGUGAUCGUGAUCGUGAACCUCGCGAGCGGGAACCAAUCUCACGUUCCUCGAAGCGCUACGACUCCGGCUACUCAAGUCCCAGCACACCCGAGAUGCCCCAGCGCGGUGCCUCUCCCAAGACAACGACUACACGCUACAAGAUCGAUGACCCGGUGGUGAUCGAGCCCUCUAAAUCGAAAUACCGCUCCAGCUCCCCUGAGCGUCCCCGCGGCCCACCCAAGCGAUCAAGUACCUACCAGUACAAAUCUGAGGCCUCACCCCGCAUCGAGGUGCGCACUGUGCGACCAUCUAGACCUCACGGCGACGUGGAUUACGCCCCGCGCCCCCGCGCCGAAGACGUAAAGUACGCCCGCGAGAUCCGGCCCGAGAGUGUCAGUCGCUCCAGCCCGUACUCAGAGGAAUACACUCGCCACCCACCAACUCGCCGAACAACAUAUGCUUGA